CAUAUGGAUUCAUGAUGCAUCAUCAAUUUUUACAUAACAAUACGGUCAUUCCUAAAACAUACGGUCUUCAUCAAAACAAAAUUUUCUUCAAACGGUGGUAGAAAAGCAGUGGAAUUUGUGAUCUUAGAAAAUGGCCAAUCCGCCGACGCGAAGUUUGGUGAAAAUAUUGUUCAAUAAUUUCAUAAAUUCGUUCAAACCCCGCCAACUGAAAGGCAAUUUAGUGGGAGAAGACUACUUCGGAAAUAAGUACUACGAGAUACCGGCCAAUUCGUCUGCGGGUCAGCGUCGAGAGCGGUGGUUCGAGCCAACCGAGAAGGAAGCUUACAAUCAGGAAGUCACAGCGGAAUGGGAAGCCUGGCUCCGCGGAAGAAGGAAGGAACCUCCUACGGAGCAAGAGUUGAUGCGUAAUCUUGCCAUCAUGAAGAUGAAAGAAAAGAACGCAGCCGAACUGGAGGCCAAAUAUGGCAAACCGAAAGACGUGGCAGAACUACCGAAGAAUCCGACCGGAAUGGGAUCCUUCCCGCAGUACGAAGAGUACGAAAUUAUGCCGGGAAAAAAGAAGCACGAAAAAUAGAUGCAUAAUGGAUUAAUUUCGGAUCAAACUUAACUAAACAUCCAGUGAUGUCAGUUUGAAAAUAAUAGUGUAAUUUUUAUUUAUUACUGAAAAGAAGCGUAAUUGUGUAUAUACAAUUAUAUUAGAAACGUUAAUAAACUUGUUUGUCCUUUGAAAA